UCGCUCACCGCGGCGACGACUGUCCUGACCUGAUCCUGACUGACCGUGUCGCGAUCUUCGCGUGUGCGCGCAGUCUGCUAGGUUAUAUUUUACGCACUCCGGAGUCCGGAGGAGCAACGAACAACCGAUGUUGUUGUUUUAUUUUUAAUAAGUUAUCAUUAAUUAUUGAACUUCAUGAAACAUGGAGUAUAUUGUGGCGAACGUCGAUCAUAUGCGCUUUGAUAUCGAAAUCGCCCUCGAUGAGCAGUAUGGAGCUCUCCCGUUACCCUUCACCGGAAUGGACAAAUCUGUUGCUGCAGUGUGUCAAUUUUAUCCAAAGGGUACAUGUACAAAAGGAGCUGCAUGUCCAUUUCGCCAUGUACGUGGUGAUAGAACAAUUGUUUGUAAGCACUGGCUUCGUGGUCUUUGCAAAAAAGGCGACCAAUGUGAAUUUUUACACGAAUAUGAUAUGUCAAAAAUGCCAGAGUGUUACUUCUACUCGCGUUUCAAUGCUUGUCACAACAAGGAAUGUCCAUUUUUACAUAUUGAUCCAGAAACAAAAGUACGUGAUUGUCCCUGGUAUGAUAGAGGAUUUUGUAGACAUGGCCCACUUUGCAGACACCGACACGUUCGACGAGUAUUAUGCAUGGCUUACUUUGCUGGAUUUUGCCCUGAUGGAUCAAAUUGUAAAUUUAUGCAUCCUAGAUUUGAGCUACCAGCUAUUCAAGACAUGCAGCCAAAAGAGGGCAAAAAGGUAAUGAUCACUUGUCACUUAUGUGGUGAGAGUGGCCAUAAAGCUAUUUACUGUUCAAAAAUGCCACCUGAAGUACGUGAACAACAAUUACGUCAAGAAAUUGAUCGUGAUUUUCAUCAUCGUGGUCCCCCUGGUGUUGGUUUUGAUGGUAGAGAUGACGGCCGAGGUCAUAUGGGUAGUGGUGAUCGUCAUCAUCGCAUGAACAUGCACAAUGGACCACGAGGUGAUGGUCCACGUGGACCACAAAAACCUCUUGAAGAAGUUACCUGUUAUAAGUGCAGUCGAAAAGGCCAUUAUGCAAAUAAAUGUCCCAAAGGCCAUCUUGCCUUCCUAAGUCACUCCGGAAAUGGAAGUGCUGAUGCUGGAGGUGGCAAUCUCUAAAUAUCAAUGAACAUAAAAUUUACGUGAACUUUGUGAUGACAAAGAAUUUAGAAUUUUGUUGUGUUUUCUUUCUUCAGUGGUGAAAAAAGGUGGACCAGGAAAGAGCGCAUUUCAUUAUCUUGAAGCAGACCACUGAGUGUUUUAAUUAUUUACAAACCCUCCAGUGAACUAAAGUGAUCAUUGUUACGUGGGGCUCUAUUCUACAUUUUUAUUCACCUAAACGAUUUUAUUUUUUUGCGUGAACUGUAAAAAAUAUAUAAAUAUAUUUCAUGAGCUGACUAAGGAUGAAUGUGAAUAGGUUACUUCAAUGAUAUAUGUGAGAAAACAAGUCAGUAGACAUUUACGUUGUGCAUAAUAAAUUGAAAGAUAAUACAUAAAGAGAAGAAAAUUCAAUUUCUGCGUCGUUCAAGAAGCAUUUAAGUGUAUUUUUUUUGUGAUUCACAAAAAAAAUUAAAGAUUUAUUUAAUUCAGAACGUUCUAGUUCUACCCUGUAUGUGCGGGACUCAUUAGAAAAUAUCAAGUGACCAAAAAACAUUGUGCAAAGAGUGAAUGGAUCGAUUUCAAAGUGACAACUUCCAUGCCGAGACAUUUCUGGUUUAUAUGUAUAUAUGAAAGAUAGAAUAAAGCAUAUAUAUGUAAUUUUCAUUAUUAGGAAGGCAACUGUCUAAGAAUUAUUGUUUAAAAGGAAUCAUUGAUUUAUCAGGCGAGAAAAUUGUACAAAGUCCAUCUUUUAUAUAUAAAAAAAAAAUGUUGAUAAAAUUAUUAGACAUUAUGAAAACUAAUCUAAUUAAUUUUCUGA